GAGAAGACCCAAUCCUGGAGCCGGGCUGUGGGCGGGGGUGAGGACAAAUGGCUCAGGUGGACUACUCGCUGCAUCUGCUUUGGGGCUUUGCUGCUGCUGCUGCCGCUGCCGCUGCUGUGCUGGGGGUCCGGUCGCCAGGCAAAAACCAUCUCAGGUUGGAGGGAAGUCAUGAGCCGUUUCUUGAACGUGUUACGAAGCUGGCUGGUUAUGGUGUCCAUCAUAGCCAUAGGGAACACACUGCAGAGCUUCCGAGACCACACCUUUCUCUAUGAAAAGCUCUACACAGGCAAGCCGGAUCUCGUGAAUGGCCUCCAAGCUCGGACUUUUGGGAUCUGGACGCUGCUGUCGUCCGUGAUUCGCUGCCUCUGUGCCAUCGACAUCCACAACAAGACGUAUGCUGUACCACAUCACACUCUGGACCUUCCUCCUCGCCCUGGGGCACUUCCUUUCCGAGUUGUUUGUCUUUGGGACUGCAGCUCCCACGAUUGGCGUCCUGGCCCCCCUGAUGGUGGCAAGUUUCUCAAUCCUGGGUAUGCUAGCUGGGCUCCGGUACCUAGAAGCAGAACCAGUAUCCAGACAGAAGAAGAGAAACUGAAGCUGGCAUUACCACCUCCGAGACUUCGUCUUCCACCUUUGCCGUCCCCUUCCUUCAUCCUCCCUCCUCUUUAAUUUCUUCUUUUCUGUACCAUCCUGAGCCCCCUUACCACUGCUAGCCUUUUAGGUUUGGGGUUUUUCUUACAUUUAAAAAUUUUUAAGAUAUAACCUUCAUACAGAAAAGUAUAUAAAAUGUGUACGUACAAUUGAAAGAAUCAUUUUAAAUGACUGAAUAUUCUGUACCUUCACCCAGAUCAAGAAAUUUCCAGCACCUCAGAAACCCAUUGUGUGCCCUUCCCCCACCUACAGCCUCUUCCAGGAUCCCUUUUCCAGCCUUCUGCUUUUUCCCUUUUAUUUUUUAUCCCUUCCCCUGACUUGUGUGGUGGGAACACGUGAACUAUGAAACUUACAGCUGCUAUGUCACCCAGAGCAGCUGCCCCCAAGGGCUGCUUCAGGAGGCUGCCCUCCCAGGUUGGGCUCCUCUCUGCUGCUGGACCCAAGACUCUGAACCAUCCGGUGAACAGGCAGUCCUUCUAAGAAGGGCUCCCCUGUGAGUUAGCAUGGCUCAUAUACUUGUGUCUACAAGUGGAUCAAGGUUGGAAGAGUCUGGGCUGUUUUUAGACCUUCUGGUCAGCUGUAUUUGUGUAACGAAUUUUGUAAUAAAUAGAAAAACCCUCUGCUUGG